AUGUCGCUCUCAGAGCUUUCGACCGAACUCGACGGGCUCAUCAUACAGCAGCUACCUCAAUGCGCACUUCACGCCCUGACGCUCACUAAUAAGUACUACCGCGGGUUGGCAGAGCCAUAUCUAUACACGAAUAUCAAGGUACGCGAUACGAGCAUAUAUUCUAUGGCGCGACUUGCUUUGAACCUAGUCGUCCGUAAGGAGCUUGCUCGGCACAUACAAAGCUUUGAGUUGGUUUAUACCCGUGAGAAUAGGGUAAGAGCACGCGCUUCUGAUAUUCUGAGAUUGGUGAAAGCAAAUCAUCUGGAGCCUGAAUUGUUUAAUGAUCGCGUCGAGAAUGUCCGCGAAGAACUCCUCACAAAGUCACCAGAGGUAAAGAAAAUCAUACAAGAUCUCGCGGGCCCCUUGUGCGGCCGUCAAUUUACGCUGAAAAGGUUCACCAAUGCUCUUGGUACUGGCCAAUCACUAGAUAUUUUACUUACGAUCAUACUUCUUCUCGCAACCAACCUCGAACAUCUCCGGCUGGAGAAUAUUGGAAAUAGAAUCCCUCAUGAGGCCUGUUGGGAACGAUGGAAAGGAUCCAAUCAAAGAUCAUCUGGAAAAUCCUACCCAUUGCACAACUUGAAGAGUAUGGAGUUGUCAAUCGGAACAAAAGCAAUUAUCCCGAUAAUAACACCUACAGAGAGCUUGAAGAUUCGUGGUCAGGGCUACAGCCGUCUCUGCUGGUUACCACACAAUGGUCCUCGUGCCAUAGGAGAUAUGUGCAGUCUUGAACUUCAAGACCUCCAGAUAAGUCAGGAUGAUCUCGAGACGAUGAUAUCACUGCCUCAAAUGCGCAGUAUGAAACACCUCAAGGUGACUAGAAUUGGCCGCACUACUCUCGGAACUUACGACUAUAGACGUUUGAGCCAACUCUUGUCGACGUCCCUCCCAACACUGAAGACACUCGAGUGGAUAGGCGAGAAUGGAGUUUACCUUGGAACGAGAAGUCCAUUUGGCAGCUUCCGGGGAUCGAUGCAACUGGAAGAACUUACGCUGGACUACCGAUACCUUAAACCAUCGACAGACGCUAUUGCUUUACAUAUUAUACUCCCUGAACAUAUCAUCUUCCCAGAACUUUUCUUCCCAGCGAGUUUGAAGGUCCUCAGGAUUACGAACGUCCCCUCACAUGUCCUCAUGAGCCUGCAGCGGGAAAGUGCCAACUAUAUGCUUGGAACUGCUAAGUAUCUUGGCCUUUCCAAAUUCGACUUGUAUACCGACUUGCCGUUGUCGUCGUCGAUUGGCAUACAUUGGAUGGAAGCCAUUAGGAAGUUUCUGGUGGAGCUGGUGUCUAGCUUGGACGAUAUUGGUACGUCGAUGCGGAUCUACAAUCACAAAUAUCAAGACAAUUUGGAGUUACUCUGCGAGAAGGGCUAUGUGCUUACAUGA